UGUCCUGAGUAGGUCAUGAUAAUUUUCAGGAGCUAGAACAGGAGAAAGCUGCUCGUCUGGAGCAAGAAAAGGCUGCUCCCCUUCAAUAUUCUGCCAUGUCUGACCAAAGCUCAAUAGCAAAGCAAAAAUCUGCAACAUUUAACAAUGGACAUUUGACUCGUAAGCUUUCAAGUGCAAGCAGCUUAAGCAGUAUGGAAGAAAGCUAUUUUCUGCAAACAUCUUUGGACUCUUCUGACAAUUUGCAUGAACAUAGAAAUACUUCAGAGGGUACCAUGAGACCAUACCAUAUGAAGAGCAUGACAACAAACACCUUUGAAGCUGCUCUUCGUCGAAAGGAGGGUGAACUUGCAUCUUACAUGUCACGACUGGCUUCUUUGGAAUCCAUUCGUGACUCUCUUGCCGAGGAGUUAGUUAAAAUGACUGCACAGUGUGAGAAGUUACAAGUAGAAUCUGCAACGCUGCCUGGCAUAAGGGCAGAGCUAGAAGCUCUAAGACGGAGACAUUCAGCAGCAUUGGAGUUGAUGGGUGAACGUGAUGAAGAGGUAUUGUUAAUUAAUUUAUUUAUUUUUUGUUUAUCUUUAUAUAUGGUGAACAUUCCUAAAAAAUUGUAGAUUUAGGAACAAUGGUAAUA